GUGGUGCUGUCACGACAGUAUGGCUCCGAGGGACGAUUCACCUUCACCUCCCACACGCCGGGCGAGCACCAGAUCUGCCUCCACUCCAACUCCACACGCAUGGCCCUGUUUGCUGGGGGCAAGCUGCGGGUGCACCUGGACAUCCAGGUGGGUGAACACACCAACAACUACCCCGAGAUCGCUGCCAAGGACAAGCUGACAGAGCUGCAGCUCCGAGCACGACAGCUGCUGGACCAGGUGGAGCAGAUCCAGAAGGAGCAGAACUACCAGAGGUACCGGGAGGAGAGGUUCCGCAUGACGAGCGAGAGCACCAACCAGCGCGUGCUGUGGUGGUCCAUUGCCCAGACCAUCAUCCUCAUCCUCACUGGCAUCUGGCAGAUGAGGCACCUCAAGAGCUUCUUCGAGGCCAAGAAACUGGUGUAGCCCCCCC